AACAAAGUGGGAAUCAUAAAUUUUGUUUUUUUAGUUUUGGUUACCUUUCUACGGUGAGGUUGGUAUCUCAAACUCCAACUACAACCAUAGAAUAUGACUUCUCUCUCCGUCUUUCCCUCACUCACAUCGCUUCAAAACCCUAACUUCACUCAUCCCCGCCUCUCCAAUUCCAUCUAUUUUCCUUUCAAUUCCGCGCAAUCUUUCGUACCACUCUCUCGCCGUAAUUUCCUAUGCAGAGCAUUCAGAGAUCCCGGCGAGGACAUCAAAGCGGUCAUCAAGACCGACGACAGCGGCGGCGGAGAUGGGGGUGGAGACGGUGGGGGUGACCGGGACUCGGAGAAAAAAGAAGGGCCUUUGCCGGAGUGGCUGAAUUUCACUUCUGAUGACGCCAAAACGGUACUUGCUGCUAUCGCAAUUUCGCUUGCGUUUCGCACGUUCGUGGCGGAGCCUAGGUACAUUCCCUCGCUGUCAAUGUACCCUACAUUUGAUGUUGGCGAUAGAAUUGUUGCUGAAAAGGUUUCUUACUAUUUUAGAAAACCAUGUGCAAGUGACAUAGUGAUAUUCAAAAGCCCUCCAGUGCUUCAAGAAGUUGGAUAUAGUGAUGACGAUGUUUUUAUAAAGCGUGUGGUUGCAAGGGAAGGUGAUAUUGUGGAGGUCCGUAAAGGUCAUCUUGUAGUUAAUGGGGUUGAGAGGAAUGAAGAUUACAUUCUUGAACCACCUGCAUAUGAGAUGAAACCCACGCGUGUACCAGAGAACUACGUGUUUGUGAUGGGAGACAAUCGCAAUAACAGCUAUGAUUCCCAUGUGUGGGGUCCCUUGCCAUCCAAGAACAUCAUAGGUAGAUCAGUAUUUCGGUAUUGGCCACCAAAUAGAAUUGCUGGAACAGUUUCAAAGGAUAGCUGCAAUGUUGAAACCACGCAGCAGGAGAGUGCAGAGACUGCUCUUCCUUCUCAAUGACCACACUUGCCAUCUAUUUAUUAGUGUGGAUUAUGUGAACUUUCCCCCAAUUUUUGUAUUCUUAGUCUUAAUCUUAGGAAAGAAAUAGAGGACGUUUGCUAAGUUCAAAAAACAUCUAUGUUGUAAAUGCUCAUAAUUUAGAUGCAAAACUAUUUAUUUCAAACUUAACAAACAAGCUUUGAAGUAAACCAUUUUGUAAUAUAUUAUAACAUGGUUCUAAUAUAUAUUCAAGUUUCAAGGAA